AUGUCUGCCAAAGAAGUCGCCAUCGUCACUGGCGGUGCCGCCGGUGUCGGUCUUGCGAUCUCCCAGACCCUUGCCCACCGUGGCUAUACUGUCGUCGUGAGCGAUGUUGCCAUCGAGCAGGGCAACGAAGCUGUCGCCGCAAUUAAUAAGGAGCAUGGCGAAGGCACUGCAGUAUUCAUUGCCUGCGACCUGGCUAAGACGGACGAUAUCGACAAGCUGAUUGCUGAGACCGUCACCAAGUUCUCGCGCUUCUCCGUGCUCGUCAACAACGCCGGCUACCUGCGCGCUCCCUUCCUUGCCAUCACAGCUGAGCACGUCAGGGACACGAUUGCCAUCAACCUGACUGCUCCAAUCUAUGCCACACAGCAGGCCAUCAAGUUCUGGAACGAGCACCCAGACAUCAAGGCCAACGUUGUCAACAUCACUUCGUCCUCCUCCUUCAAGACGCAUGCUAGCAUUGCUGCCUAUGGUGCUGCUAAGGCCGGUGCUGCCCAGUUUACUUUUGCCUGCAGCUCUUUCGGGCCUCGAAUCCGCGUCAACGCGGUGGCGCCGACUGCCAUUGCCACUGGCUUUGACAAAAACAUGUCCUUCCGCGUGCCCACCGACAAGUCAGGCCCUGGCUACACACCCGAGGAGGAGAUGAGAAAUAUGGGACUGGCCAGAUUGCAGCCCGAACAGGUUGCAGAGGCUGCUAUGGAGUGCAUCGACAACGAAACGAGAAUUGGCACUGUCGCUUUCCUGGAUGCAACAGUCGGCCAGAAGGUCCACACCGGAUUCCUCCAAUAG